UAUAAAUUCAAGCAGUUUUUUCUUUAUUUUGUAGUCUCUCGUCGCUUUUUAUAAUCUUUUUCUAUUUCCCCUGUAAUAAUCAUGAAAUAUAUUUACUUACUGUGUAUGGCUGCUCUUCUCGUGAAUGCUCAGGAAGCACCUGUAACCACCGCCCCCAGAGACAAACCAGCCAAUUUACCCAACGUCGACUGGGACAUAUUAAGGAUGGAUGCGGCCAACCGCGAAAAUCUAUGCCAGCGUCAAAUCGCUUAUUGUGCUAACAAUUGCGGCGGGCCAAAUGAAGCUCCUAAAAAUUUCUGUAAUUCAACGUCCAUGGCCUGGGGUUGCGGUUGCAAGAGAAAAGUCCCGGAUUUUACUCCAUACUUAUGGCCCAUUGUCCAAGGUGAAUGCUCAGGAAAGUAUCAAGCGUGUCAAACGGCUUGUAUCACUGCCAAGGACGCCAAAUGUGCUACCGCUUGCAAUGAUUAUUAUCAGUGUGGAUCACCGAAUGCACCUCCCAGCUAUCUGCAAACUGAAUAUCCCACCGAUACUCCAUCUUAUUCUGGUGUUAAAAAGGAGAAUGCCCCUGUAGGCAAUAACAAUACCGUAAAUCCGUCUGGUUCCAACAAUGGCGCCACCCUCACCGGCCAAUCGUGUUACGGACUCUUUAUUGCCAUAGCAUCACUGUUGUUGCUAACAAUGAAUGGCCAAUAGUUUCAAUAAUGACAGUAUAAGCGUAUAGAAUAGUUCUCUAUUGGAUAAUACUUGAUCGCCCCGCAUCCGUUCUCAUGUAAAAAGGAACGUAAACAGACAUGCAGGAUUAAACUAUACCCUACUUUUAUUUUCCC